AUGCGUCGAACCCCAGCAUCUCAUGGGUUUAGGCCCGGCCGGCUAGUGAUAGUUGGCUCGGGCAUCAAGAGCAUUUCCCAAUUCACUCUCGAGGCUAUCUCUGAGAUUGAGAGCGCAGAUAUGGUGUUCUACUGUGUUGCAGAUCCAGCGACUGAACUCUUCAUUGAAAGCCACAGCAAGAAAUCAAGGGACCUUUAUGAUCUCUAUGAUGAUAGAAAACAGCGCAACAGAACGUACACACAGAUGGCUGAGGUUAUCCUUCGUGAGGUUCGCAAGGGCUUCACUAUUGUGGGGGUCUUCUACGGGCAUCCGGGAGUUUUUGUGAACCCAGCUCAUCGUGCUAUUUCGAUUGCGAGGAAUGAAGGUUUCGAAGCCACCAUGUUACCUGGCGUAUCAGCAGAGGACUGCCUGUUUGCUGAUCUGGGCAUUGAUCCUUGCCGCCCUGGGUGUCAAACCUUGGAAGCAACAAACCUCCUUCUCCGCAACCGCCCUCUCUCUACUGACUGCAAUGUUAUUCUUUUUCAGGUUGGGUCUGUAGGGGAUCUCGGAUUUAACUUCUCUGGAUUCAAGAAUACGAAAUUUCAGGAGUUGGUGAAAUUGCUCCUCCGGACCUAUGGUGUUAACCAUCCGGUUGUUCAUUAUGUCGCAUCUUACCUGAGAGUUAAAGAUCCUGUGCGAGAGCACUACACUAUAAAGGAUCUUGAGCGCCCUGAGAUAGCUAAACGCAUCACAGGCAUCUCGACAUUUUAUAUCCCUCCCAAGGACAUUCUUCCCAUGACCGAGAAGUCUGCAAAGGCUUUGGGUCUCAAGAUGGUCUCGGAUAUGCCUGCCAACUUCAGCCCCUAUGCUGCUGUUGAGCCUUACGGUAAACGAGAGACUGCUGCUGUCAAGGCAUUGGACAAUCACAAGUCUCCCAAGAACUACAAGAAAACUCGAUGUUCACCAGCCCUGUUCCAUGCCCUAAAGACUCUUGCGACAGACACAAGGGCCGCCAGAUCAUACAAGAAGAGUCCGGGUGGCUUUGCUGCGGGCAUUGAGGGGCUGCGUGCAGAUGAGAAAAAAGCCUUGGUAUCAGGCAACACGGGCCUACUGCGCCUUGCAAUGAAAGCCUCAACCACUGAUGUUGCUACUCAAUUUGUCCAGGCCGAGCUUCGUAACCCAACCCUAGCCACACAGUAUGCCUCCAUUCUGAAGGACAACCUCAAUAAGCCGGAUGGGAAUGCCAAUGUUGAGAAGUGGCUUGAAGACCAGGGCUAUAGCACUACAAUAGAUGCGAUCUAUCAAGCCUGGGAGAAGAUGAUCAACUCGAACCUAGAUACGUUCGAUUCCGUCUAUGCCACUCUUGUGGAUAAAAAGGCUGGCCCUACAGUCGUUAUCCAAAAGGGAGGUGUAAGUGUCAACGGAAAAGCUAUUGUGGGCUUCACCUAUUCAGCAAGUACUCUCUCAUGGAAUGCAUCAGAUGGGAAUGCGUCCUCUGCAGUUCUCCAUCUUCAGGUCUUGACCGACGACGAUGGCAAACCACUCCCUCCUGAUGCUUACAUCGGCCCCCAGUUCUAUGGAAUUUACUGGGCAAAAGACGCCAGUAAGCCGUCGAGUACGAAUGCCUACGGUAAAAUCGGCGUUGCACCAGGACCCGACCCUGGGCCUCCUCCGGUUAAGCCAACACCUCUCUCAACCUUCUACGACAACUAUCAGACAUAUCUGAAGGAUGCUACGGGCAAGUAUCAGAAAGAUAGUACGCUGGUUGUCGCAGCCGGCUCGGGGACCGAUUCCACUGUAACAUAUGGUGGUAAAACAAUCCAAAAAUUCGUUUAUUCAAACCAAACACUGUCCUGGUCAGCUGCCGAUGGCAAUAAUACUAGUGGCUCAAUCUCAUUCUACGUCAAUACAAACCCCACACAAACCAAUCCUACUCCUGGUAACCAAUUUGCUGGAAAGCAAUGGGCCAGUGGAGCCACUGCCCCUACUGGGUCAAACUUCUUCGGGCAAAUAGGAUCAUCUUCGAAUCCCGAUGGUGCAUCUGCAGAUGCUGCAGCUGCGGCUCAGUGGCGGAUGGUUGGCAUUAAUCUUGGUGUUGGCAUUGCCGUGGUCCUAAUCUCAAAUGUCAUUCAAAAGGCCAUAACUGCGGCUUGGAACUAUUUCAAGAAUCCGACAGCGGAGAAUAAGGCAGCUCUUGAUGAAGCCAAUCAGAGUGCAGAAGAAUCCAUUGAAACUCAAGAGAGCGUCACGGAGUCGGCCGCCGAAGCAAAUCCAAGCGGAGAAUCUGUCAUCCCAGAUGAUGUGCCAUCUCAAGCAGCUGAGGCUGAAGCAGCAGAGGCGGAGGCCGCCGAAGCAGCAGAGGCAGAAGCGGCAGAGGCAGAAGCGGCAGAAGCGGCAGAGGCAGAAGCAGCAGAAGCGGCAGAGGCAGAAGCAGCAGAGGCAGCAGAGGCAGCAGAAGUGGCUGAAGUGGCUGAAGUAGCUGACGUUGUCGCUGACGUUAUCGCCGAGGUCAUCAUAUAA